AUGAGCUGCCAGCCAGUUUCCCCUGCGGCGGUGGUGACGGGGCGAGUGAACAACGAGGAGUUGUUGAGAGAUGAAAGAGGACUGUUGAGGGCAUACACAGAUAAAACGAUGACAAUUCAGAAUCUUUGGAGGGAUCGAUGGAAAGUGCAAGUCAGGAAGUUGUGGUGUGCAGUGGGGUUGCAUCUUCAAGCUCACCCAGCGGGAACCACUCAUAGGCAAGUCAAGCUGAACGAUCUCAUGAACGUCCUCGUCUAUUCAGGAACGACAGCGGUUACGCCUCGAGCCUCUCAAGAGCUCCAUUCGACGUUGAGGAAGAUUCUAUCAGGAGCGUAUGAUGUCAAACUAGCCAAUGCCCAGCUGCUCAACCACCAACCAUGGCCAGAGCACACCUCCUUGAUAGUCUUCCCAAGCAUCGAUCCGAGCGAACAUGACGGCGUGGUUGAGAAUACUCGGGGAACAAUUCGUCGUUGGGUCGGCCGAGGUGGAAGAUACCUGGGACUCGGCACUGGGGCUCGAUUUGCGGAAACUGAUCAACUCGGGUUGUUUGAUCUUACUUGGAGUCCCGUUCCGUCACCGACACUUCCAAGCUCACAGUCAUCCCAAUCCUAUACAGAAGUGGUUUUCCCCCGACAAACCGAACAAACGCCCACUAGUUCGCCAAAACUCUUAAUCGAGAUUGGGAAACCUACAUUCGAGACAAAUGUCCGGGUAAAAGAUGACCAGCUAAGCGUAUGGGCGCACUACCAAAGUAAUGAUAACCAUCAUGACCAUAUCGCAGGGGUUUGGACGGCCUACCAGAUGGGCUACCUGGCCCUGGUCGGAUUCGAUCUGAGCUUGGCACCGGAACGGUUGAUGGAAAUCCUUAGUUUGAUCGGCCUUGAAGGUCUAUCGAUCUCCGAAAACCCAAAUACAAAACCAUCCGCACUCUACCUCGUCUCUUGUCCCUCUUCGCCAUCCACUCAAGCAAUUUAUCGGAGCAUCCUCGAGCGCUGUACUGGUGAACAAGAGCACGUUUUCGAAGACGCACUGGACACCUUCACUGUCGUCUCUGAAACUCAGCUUACAUCCCCACCUUUGCCGACCAAUGAUACUCUGCCACUUUUCUUGUGUCCGGAUUAUAAGAACUUGCCUCAGCCCGCCCCAUCUACUUUCGAUUGGGACCGUUAUUUCUCACUGAUUGAGUCGCCAUCUCAGAUCGGGACCACAAUUUUAUACGCAGAAACGGUGGCAAGCACUCAAACAUUACUUGAAAAGAAUACCAAGUUGUCAGACUUACUCCCUAGCGGGACGGUCUCAAUUGCUGAGAAGCAGACCAAUGGACGAGGCCGAGGUUCAAACAAUUGGAUCUCGACCGCGGGCUCGAUCCAAUUCUCUGUCUUGCUCAAAGCCACCAACCUCGGAUCGAGCGUCGUCUUUGUCCAGUAUCUCUUCGGAUUGGCCGUCAUUGAAUGGCUCGAGAAAUGGUCCAAUGGGAAGGUGGUAGUUCGGUUGAAAUGGCCAAACGAUAUCUAUGGAUCUAUCACCGGUGGUCAUGCUAGAGAGGGAUUUAAGAAGAUGGGCGGGAUCCUCGUCAAUUGCUCGUUCGGGGGACUCAGUGGGACUGAUUGUAAACUAGUGAUUGGAUGUGGAAUGAAUAACUACUCGGCACCUCAAUCGAGCACAACAAGUCUGACAGAACUGAUCCGAGCUGCUCGUGAAUCGAUGGCCGAUGAUGAUGGUCCAGACUGCUGUGAUCGUUUAAGACACCCAAGUACUGAGGAGAUCCUCGCAGGGAUCUUGGGUACGUUUGGGCAGAUGUGGACGCGCUUCCAAGCGCAGGGAUUCCAGCCUUUCUUGUCACUCUAUUUAUCCCGUUGGCUUCACUCGGAUCAAGUAAUCAGAUACGAGAAAACAGGUGAAGAGCUGAAGAUAGUAGGGAUUGACCCGUCGUAUGGGCUUCUAAGAACACAGCUGGUUAGGAAAUCCGAUGGUACUUCAGUCAAUCACCAAGUGAUCGUCGAUUUACAACCUGACUCGAAUAGCUUUGACAUGUUCUCCGGCCUGAUCAAAACCAAAAAUUGAGCUCGUCUAUCCUUGUAUCUUCAACAAGGGAGUAUCUCUCGUGAAGAACUUCGUAACAUUUUUACCCCUACAUGUCUUUUGAUCUUUCUUGAUUCAUUUCUGACUAGAUCAUAUACUUUAGCAUACUUCAUCUUGCAACAUUGACAUAAUGUUUGACAACCAGACAGUCGC